AUGACGACGGACGACGCGCCCGCGCUCGCGCGCGUCGGUCGAGACGACGUCCUUCGAUCGUGCGCGACGACGUCGAUCGGGAUGCUGGUCGUCGGCCUGGGCGCGCGCGCGGCGAGCGGGGCGUUCCCGACGCGAGCGACGCACGGGGACUGGAACGCGGCGCUGCCGCUGCUCGGGGACGACGCCGGCGCGACGGCGGUGGCGGCGCUGUGCGCGGCGGGCGCGGUGACGGUGGGCAGAAUAGCGCUGCUGCAGGUGUGGGACGAGUUCGCGGCGAGCACGGACCGAUCGAACGCGCAGGUUUUGGGGGCGCUGGACGGCGCCGGGGACGUCGCGCAAGUCGCCGUGCUCCCGGCGCUCGGGGAAGAGGUUUUAUUUCGAGGCGCGCUGCUUCCCGCGGUCGGAGGGGUGCCGGGGGUGGUGGUGUCUUCUUUAGUGUUCGGUGCGCUUCACAUCGGCGGCGGACGGAGCGCGGCGUUCGGGGUUUGGGCGAGCGCGGUGGGCGCGGUGUACGGCGUCGCGGCGUUGCACACGCACAGCGUCGCCGCGCCGGCGGCGGCGCACGCGCUGGCUAAUAUCGCGUCGGCGGUGUACUGGAACGCGACGCGCGCGGAAAAGGUAAUUGGAGAGAAGAAAUGGGAAGGAGAAGAUCAGUAG